CCUUCCGUGCUGGGCAGAAAAUAAGGGAGGUUGUUGCGUGGAGAUGAGCUGGAGACCUCAUGCUGCCUUUCUCUCCCUGUCUUCCUUCUGCAGGGAAGGUCAUUCAAUGGCAUAGCCUUUAAACAGGGCUGCUUUGGGGGAGCUGACUGCUUUUUCAUUAAGCAGGAAAUAUCGGGACAGACAGAGAGCUGUGCAGGUGAGUCUGGCUUCCCCCGAGGCCCGUCACCAUGGAUUGGAAGAUGCUGCAGGGCCUGCUGAGCGGGGUGAACAAGUACUCCACGGCCUUUGGGCGCAUCUGGCUCUCCGUGGUCUUUGUCUUCCGGGUGCUGGUCUACGUGGUGGCGGCGGAGCGCGUGUGGGGGGACGAGCAGAAGGACUUUGACUGCAACACCAAGCAGCCCGGCUGCACCAACGUCUGCUACGACCACUACUUCCCCAUCUCCCACAUCCGCCUCUGGGCCCUGCAGCUCAUCUUCGUCACCUGCCCCUCCCUGCUGGUGAUCAUGCACGUGGCCUACCGGGAGGACCGGGAGAAGAAAAACCGGGAGAAGAAUGGUGAGGACUGCCCCAAGCUCUAUCGCAACCCGGGCAAGAAACACGGCGGGCUGUGGUGGACCUACCUGCUGACCCUCUUCUUCAAGCUGACCAUCGAGAUCAGCUUCCUCUACCUCCUCCACAAGAUGUGGGAUAGCUUUGACCUGCCGCGCCUGGUCAAGUGCGCCAACCUGGACCCCUGCCCCAACAUCGUGGACUGCUACAUUGCCCGGCCCACUGAGAAAAAGGUCUUCACCUACUUCAUGGUGGGGGCCUCCGCCCUCUGCAUUGUCCUCACCGUCUGCGAGAUCUUCUACCUCAUCUUCAAGCGGGCUGUCCGGAGCCUACACAAGUGGAAGAAGAACUCCAAGCACUUGGUCAACUACAACCAGGCUUCCACCUGCCAGUGCCACCUCAAGCUGGAGCAGCAGGAUGGCAAGGCCAAGAACAAGCCUUUGGAUGCCCUCCAGGCCUCCUCUCCCAACUUGACUGUGAUCUGACAGGGCGUGUCGGGGGAGGGAAAAGCCCUGAUGUUGGCCAGGGACAACUGACUUCCAAGAUGGCUGCCUGCCAUGCCUCAAGUAUUACUGGAAUAUUUCAAUGGGACCUCAAUGGCUAUGACAAAUCAAGGGAGAGGAGGCGCAUCGCCAAGGCAGGAUCUCUCCCCGUUCGGCGUGGCUGACUGAGUUGUGCAUUUUGUCGGGGCCGGGCGGAAAGGACAAGGCCCUGGCAGUAGGUUUAUAUGCUGCAGCUGCUCUUAACAUGCAGGGCACAGGUGGGUGGUUUGCCUAGCCAAGGAGGAUGUGUGAAUCCAAAAGUCUAUGCUUUUCAUUAUUUACAUGGUAUCAAGCCGCUCCAUGCAAUCCUGCAGGUUGGAGCUUCCCUCCUACGUGCUCAGACAGGCCACAAGGGAAGGGAGGAGACGGCUGGCUUUUAAAUCUUCGGAGAAAUGACUAAUGUAAAGUUGCCAAGGACAAUAUUUGUCUGCUGUUCUCUCCCCCCUCUGCUAAACUCGCAGCUGCCAGGCCCCAAGCGCCAGCUCCCUUCGCAGACUCCAUCACGUUGCGUAGAGAGGUGCUUGGGCUCAGUACCUCAGCGGAUGGUUCAUUAACUAGGACGUUGAUGGAAGGGGCUUUAUUCUGAUACAGAAGCAGUGAGCAAAUCCUGGCCUUUCCCGUGAACCGUGACCUUACCAAAGAACCAAGUCCAUGGGGUCUAGCAAUUCUGUGGGAAUAAAGUCAUAGGCACAGAGUGGGAUUGUGGGUGUCUCUCUUGGGAGAGUCUCUGUAGUUUGCAUCUAUCUCAGAAACUUCAACCUCUCUCCAAAAGCACUCAGAUCAGAGAGCAAAGAAGCCCCCGCACUGUGCCUUCGGGUGCCUAGGGAGGGCAUUAAACUUUGCCUGGAAGAGUUUAGUCAGUAAAACAUCCUAGAUCAAAACCUUGAAUUAAUGCACUAGCUAUAACAGUGAUUCCACAGCCCAGCUUCUCCGUUCUGAACUGAGUGGCAGGAGUAACAGUGACUCUGCGGGGGAAAGAGUUCUGUAUAUUUUCAAGAAGCAGCGGAACAGCCCAGUGGAGUUUGGGGGUUUGUGACCUGUUCUGGGCCAGAUCUCAGGUGACAUAAACGGAGCGAGGCCAGUUUCCACCAGCCGAGACUCUGGCCUUACAAUUUUUGGUUUAAGUUGUUUUCUGUUGUAAUGUUCAACAUUUUCCCUAACUCUGUAAACCCCCAUUACCAAGUAGCUUCUGGCUGAAACCCAAUGAGUUCUCCCAUUCCUGGUUGAAAAUGGGAUCGGGAUGCAAAAUUCGAAUUAAACGUGUCAAAUUCAUCCCUGGGAUAACACCAGUCAAAUCCAGUUGAGGUGUCAGUCCAAAUACACCAGACAUGACUCUGUCCCAGUGAGUUUAUUAUUAACCAUGGUUGGAAAUCCAUACCCAUGCACCCCAGUAACUGAUGUUGCAUGGCUGGCUAGGACAGGACAUAAGUCCAUAAGAUCUGAGGAAUCUGAGUGUAUAUGUAUUUGCAGGAAGUUCUUGUUCUUUGGAUUUUUUUUAGUACUUCACCAAGAUGUUUCUGACUAAAAUAGAGUCCUGGGUAGCUGAUGGUGCACAUGCUUGUGUAUAUUGGGAAACGUUGGCCCAUCCCACAAGAAUUUUUGAGACUUCAAAAAAAAUUCCCAUCCUGAAUCAGGACAAAAAGUCAAAACCAUGAAAAUUUUCAUGAACCGAGAAUCCAAAAGGAAUUUCCGAUCUGGUCGAAUGAGAGACUUCCUUUUGGUAAUUUCCAAACCUUUUGUUUUGAUGUUGACCUUUUUUAUACUUAAAUUAUUUUUACAUAAUUUAACUUAAAUUUUGAAACAAAAAGUCAUUUUGAUCCCAAAACCAGCACUUUUUUGUUUAGGAACAGGUAAGUAACAAGUGUCUCGGAUUCUGCUGGCACGAAUUCAGGCUGUCCUAAAGGCAAACAUUGGCUUCUGUUGGGACCUUAAGCUCUGUCGAUUGCCAGGCUGAUAUUUACUGAUUGGUCAAUAUCAGGCCAUAGGGACCAAUGUCAUCCUUGAAGGAUCUGCAUGGAGAAGGUCAGUCUGUUUGCUCAUACUAUUGUGCCCUAAUGGCCACACAGCUCCUUUAGAAAUCCCAGGAAAACAUUUCCCUGCAGCGAGAGGACGAGAUUAAAAGAGAUUCAGAGGUGCACCCUGUUUAGAAGUGCUGUUUUAUUUCUCAUUAGCUCAGCAGCUGACCCGCCUGGACUGCAAAACAAAAGUCCCAGAUCCUCAUUCACACACACCGCUCCACCUGUCUCCCUUUAUACGCCCAGAGCAGUGUAAAAUGGCCUGCAUGUAAAUGAGAAGCAGGCCCACUCUGAUGCGCCGUGUUUUGGUUAACAACCAGCCAGGCCUCUAAACCCGGCUUCUGCUGCCCUGCAUGUUGGGCCCAAUUCUCUGUUGCCCUUGUAACAUUCUGUACCCACUUGGCACCAGUGUGAAUGCAGAAGAACACAGCCUUUUGGGCCAGCUGUUUACAGCUGUGUAAAAAGGGCAGCUACUUCUGAUCUGCCAGCACUUUGCACUCACUGUGCAGCAGACUGCAGCAAGCGCAUGGUAAUGGCGAAUCAAGCCCCUGUUAUUAAUAACUCCCCCAUCCUCCUCCCCUGAAAAUGAAUGCCAGGUCGCCACUCACGGGCUAUAUCUACACUCCAGAGCCUGCGUAGCUAUGCCAGCAUUGCCCUCUAGUGUAGACACAGCGUACUCCAACAGAAGGAGUUUUUCUGCCUGUGUAAAAGCACCACCUCCCUAUGCCGACAGAGGUCUUCUGUCAGCACAGCAGCAUCUGCACUGGGGGGCUUGUCAGCAUGACUUUGUCUCUAGCGUCUGGGCUCCACUCAAAUUGCCCUAGCUGUGUUGCUCAGGGCUGUGAAACCACGGCCUAACCCCCGGUGUAGGCGUGGCAAAGUCGACAGACGAAUUCUUCCAUCCACAAAGCUACCACCGCCCAGAGGGUGGAUUAACGACAUGGACAGAAAAACCCCUUCUGUCUCUGUAGCACCAUAGCUGGGCAGCUGUUGUGUGGACAUACCCUAUGAGUGAGGGCUUUUUUCACACCCCUGCCCGACAUCGCUAGACGUGUAUAAGUUUUAAGCGCAAAGCAGGCCAGCCCUCGCUCCAUUUUGCCGAGUGGCUGCAGCCUCAGGGAGUUCUCUCUCAGGCAAUGCACAGCUCAGAAAACGUUAUAGACAAGAAACAUUUAGCAGCUACUUGUCAAACAUGUUUGCUGGGUCGAAGUCAUGUUGGGACGAGCUCCUAAGCUGGUAAGAACCGGCAUAGCCUGUUUCCACCAGCUGAGGAUCUAUCCCGUUGGAUUUUGAUUUGUCAAUCCCAGUCAACUUCAUUCGUUUUCUUUUCUGUAAAUGUGCCCCUCCCACACGCCUCCUGUCUGGGACGCUCCGAAAAAUGCUUCACAGCAACGCGACUAGUAUUUUGUAUUUUACAGCUUUCCUGCUGGACUGGGGGACGCAUGUCCCACCCCCGGAGGCCAAACAAAAAUUUGAUUUGUGUAAUCAACCAGGUAAUGGA